ACGUGAAAACCUUCCUACGACAACCUGCCAGUACAGUCGCCGACCGGGAGAUCCUACCAUUUGCGUACUACUCAACACUAAACACCAUCACGAAGUGUAGACACACACCUACACAUAUUCACACAUAAUGGCUACCACCGAAGCAAUUCUCCAAGGCGUCAACGUCCUGGGCAACGUCACGGAUGCUCAGCGCAAGAUCCUCACCCCCGACGCCCUCGCCUUCCUGGCUCUGUUGCACCGCUCUUUCAAUGCCACUCGCAAGUCACUGCUCGAGCGCCGCAAGCUCCGCCAGGCCGAGCUGGACCGCGGCGUCCUGCCCGACUUCCUCCCCGAGACGAAGCACAUCAGAGAGAACUCCACAUGGAAGGGUGCCCCGCCGGCCCCCGGCCUGGUUGACCGUAGAGUCGAGAUCACCGGUCCCACCGAUCGCAAGAUGGUCGUCAAUGCUCUGAACUCGAAUGUCUGGACUUACAUGGCUGAUUUCGAGGACUCGAGCGCACCAACCUGGGAUAACAUGGUCAAUGGCCAAGUGAACCUGUACGAUGCCAACCGCCGCAAGGUCGACUUCAAGCAGGGGUCCAAAGAAUACAAGCUCCGCACCGACCGUACUCUGCCUACUCUGAUUGUCCGACCCCGUGGCUGGCACUUGGAGGAGAAGCACGUCACCGUUGACGGCGAGCCCAUCUCUGGCUCUCUCUUCGACUUUGGCCUCUACUUCUACCACAAUGCCCGUCAGACUAUUGAUAUUGGCAUUGGCCCGUACUUCUACCUCCCCAAGAUGGAGUCCCACCUCGAGGCCCGCCUGUGGAACGACGCUUUCAACCUGGCCCAGGACUACGUCGGUGUCCCUCGCGGCACCAUUCGCGGAACCGUCCUGAUCGAGACUAUCCUGGCCGCGUUUGAGAUGGACGAGAUCAUCUACGAGCUGAGAGACCACAGCUCCGGCCUCAACUGUGGUCGCUGGGACUACAUCUUCAGCACCAUCAAGAAGUUCAGGAACAACUCCAACUUUGUCCUGCCCGACCGCAGCGCCGUCACCAUGACGAGCCCCUUCAUGGACGCCUACGUCAAACUUCUCAUCCAGACCUGCCACAAGAGAGGCGUUCACGCCAUGGGCGGCAUGGCUGCCCAAAUUCCCAUCAAGGACGACAAGGCCGCCAACGACAAGGCGAUGGAAGGCGUCCGCGCCGACAAGCUGCGCGAGGUGCGCGCUGGUCACGACGGCACAUGGGUCGCUCACCCUGCUCUGGCUUCGAUUGCCUCUGAAAUCUUCAACAAGAACAUGCCCACGCCCAACCAGCUCUUUGUCCGUCGUGAGGACGUCAAGAUUGGCCAGAACGAUUUGUUGAACAUGAACGUGCCGGGCAAGAUCACCGAGGAGGGUAUCAAGAAGAACCUCAACAUUGGCCUCGGCUACAUGGAGGCCUGGAUCCGUGGCGUCGGCUGCGUUCCCAUCAAUUUCCUCAUGGAGGACGCCGCUACCGCCGAGGUCUCUCGCUCUCAGCUCUGGCAAUGGGUCAAGCACGGCGUGUCCACCGCCGAGGGCAAGAAGGUCGACAAGGCCUACGCUCUCAAGCUCCUCAAGGAGUCCGCCGACGAGCUCGCCAGCAAGGCGCCCAAGGGUAACAAGUACCACCUCGCCGCGCAGUACUUUGCCGGGCAAGUCACUGGUGAAGAUUAUGCCGAUUUCUUGACCACCCUCCUUUACGAUGAGAUCACCGUCGUCGGUAGCGCACGCCCUGCUUCCAAAUUGUAAACCGGGAGGACUAGUUGAUAGCUCGCUUCCGAAGCGAAGGAGGUCACGCGCGAGAUGUCAUGCGUAAUGGAUUUUUUGGUUGGUGCCUCUUAACGGGAUAAUUAUCAGGCACAUUUGAAGUAUUGUUUCGCCGAACGGGUUGGGUCUCGGGCCAAAGGCUUUCUGGGUCGAAAAUUUGCCGGCCAGAAUUUGGACAUCUGCUUUGAUGUAUUGGGUCUACGAAUGUAAGAAUGAAUGAGAUUGAAAAUUGAUUUCAAGUUUAUGAGUUACACACCCCCUCCAUAUCACUACGAGUCACGCCGU